AUGGCUUCUUCUUCCUACUGCUUUAGCGUCCUGUCUCUGGCUGUUCUGUUACCAUUUCUCUUGCACUCUGCUUCGGCCACAAGUUACAUUGACGCCAUAUGCAAAAAAUUCACGGGGGACAAAGCCUUCUGCUUGAAGACCUUGAGUGCAUACCCUCCAGCUGCUUCUGCCACCAGCCCGCUCCAAGCGGGUUUGGCGACGUUUAAACUAGCAGAGUCUUAUGCGUAUAAGACAAAGGCUUUUAUGACAAAAGCGGCAAAGGAAGAUCCAAAGUUGAAGAAGGAUUUGGCGGGUUGUCAAGACGCCUAUAAGUCCAUUGUAAGGAAUUACGAUAGUGCUCUCUCGGAACUCAAGAGCGAUCCAGAGAUUGCGAGAUACGACGUCCUGCUUUGUUUCGACAGCACAAAGAAGGUGAAGGGUUUGGUUGGGAAGAAUACAGACAAGGCUUCCAAGACUGUCAUAGCGAUGACAAUGAUGAUGGAGAAACUUAGUGAUAUUAGCAUUGGAGCCAUCUAUACUCUUGAAAAGUAAUGAGGACGAUCAAAAGGUUUACUCUGAUUAAAGGUUGUGGUUAUUUGAUUUUAGUGAAUUAAUGAAAUGUUUUGUUUUAUC